AUGCAAUUUCUCUACUUGGUCUUCAGUUCGCUACUCUUACCAUGUGUAGCCGAGGUGGAAUUCUUGUUGGCCGUUUGGCGCCACGGUGACCGUGCUCCAGAAAGUCUACCGUAUCCUAGUGACCCUUACAACGAGACGUAUUGGCCUCGCGGAUGGAACCAACUGACAAAUGUCGGCAUUGAUCAGGCAACGAAACUGGGCAGGUUCUUGCGUCGUCGGUAUCAAAGUUCGGUUUUAUCCGUUUUCGAUCGAAAAAAGAUUACGAUCCGUGCUUCCGAUGCGGAUCGUGCGAUUGAAACGGCGCAGUGUGUAGCCACCACAUUGUUCCCGCCGGACGGUUUGCAAAUUUGGAAUGAUGGAAAGUUUAGACACUGGCAACCGAUUCCAAUCCGUACCAAUGGGAAGCCAGACCCGAUGCUCCGUCCGAGCAAAAUUCAAUGUCCACACUAUCAGAGAAUAGUGGCGGAUGAACGAAAGAAAAUCGAAAGAGAUAUUAAUGAAAAAUACAAAUCCGAGUUGGAUAUGAUUUCAAACCAUACCGGCCACGUGACUCGCUACGCGAAUAUCAAAGAUAUCUACAAUAUUAUUCUAGAACACUAUAACGGCCUCCCAUUCCCAGAAUGGGUGGAGCAAAAGGUCAAUAAUCGAAGCUUACUGGAUACGAUCACAGAAAUUCGAAGAAUCGCGAGACUCCAACUUUUCAAUAGCAGAGAAAAAGCAAAAUAUAUGGCUGGCUACAUGAUUGAUCAAUGGUCGGAAAGUUUAGUUCUGGCAUCCCAACAUUUGAACACAAAGAAAGCGUUGCUAUAUUCUUCACACGACGGAACGUUGACCGCACUACUCUAUGGUCUUGGAAUCAGUAACCAUCAGCUGAUUCCAUACACGGCUUGUAUAAUGGUGGAACUUCAUACGGGAAAUAAUAUAAAGAUCUAUUUCCGAAACUCCACAUCAGAAGAUCCAGACGACGUACACGAACUCUUCAUCCCGGGAUGCACCACCGAUUGUCAUAUCUCAAAAUUCAUCAAAUCCGUGACUGGCGUCAGAGUCAAAAGUCUUGAGCAAUUGGAAUUCAUAUGCCAAUCAGCCUUCACCCGUCCGUCAACCUUGAUAUUCGCCAUCAUCAUCGUCGUCGUCAUGCGUCUGAUUCUGUGA